UCUGUCUUUCACCAUCACAUGGACGUUGACAAUAUAGAGACAAUAAGCAGCCAGCGCAUCGAAGAACUGUGGUUUGCGGAUGGAAACAUCAUCCUGCAAGCGGGUAACACCCAAUUCCGACUCUACAAGGGCAUUCUCGCUGCACGGUCGCCCAUCUUUCGAGAUAUGCUCGCCUUGCCUCAGCCACCGGAAGCAGAACUUGUAGACGGAUGUCCUGUGGUGGAAAUGCACGAUGAUUCAGCAGAGUUGGCUAUCUUCUUUAGUGCAAUCUUCAUUCCCCAAUAUUUCGCGCCAUUUCCAAACGAGACAACAUUCGACAAACUGUACGCAUGUCUUCAUAUCAGCCACAAAUACGAUGUGGAGUACAUAUAUCGCCGCUCCCUCAUCCAUUUGUCGUCUGGGUACUGUACCACCCUCGAAAAAUUCGACGAGUAUGUGUACAACAGCCACCUUCUGAACCCAUUAGGCAGACCUUCGUGGGGUCUCAUCGUCCAGCGCACUUCCGAGUCGUCUACUCCGAUAUCAGAAACCGCGAAGUCAGUCAAGUUUGUUCGACGCCUGCGGUUGAUUGCCCUUGCUCUCAGCGUUGACGCUCUUUGGCUUUUGCCGAAUGCAUUGUUGAGUCUAUGUAGAGAGAUUCCAACACCGAUAGACUUGGCACAGGCCCUCCUUCCCGACGACUCAGAGUCAGAGAGUCAUGAUGAGUCAAUAUCCGGCUCAUUGAACCGUUUCCUCCCGAAGCCAUUUGUGGCUCGACUUCUCCAUGGUUACGGCGCGCUCCAGCAUGAUCCCUUCGACCUCAUAGCGUACCUAACCGACCCGAUGGACAUCGAAGGCUGCGAAGACCCCUCCAGAUGCUUCCGUUCUCGCGUGCAGACGGCGCACCGAGCCCACCGCCGAAUAUCCCAGCACCCUUUAACGGCCCUCCAUUCAAGCACUCCUCGCAGCUGGGAGCGUGUGCUGUCACGACUCUGUCCUGUGUGUGGCACUUCGCUCACAGAAGCCCGCAAAGCGGCCAGGCAGCGUGCUUGGGAUAAGCUUCCGGUCGAUUUUGGGCUCCCACCAUGGCCUGAGCUGGAGCGGAUGAAGGCAGAAGCGUCGGGACCGAAUUUGUUCUGUUAA